CUGGAAUCUGGACUGGAGGCUACAGUGUUGUUGGUGUCACUGCCUUGGAGCUACUGCAUAUUGAUGAGGGAGGCUGAGCCCCCAGCUUGUUCGAGCUCUGCAGAGAAGGGAGGCGGUGGAGUGGCUGGGAAUAGCACUGUUCCUGGACAGGCAGGCAGGCAGGCAGCUGCCAGCAGGCUCUCCUAAUAAUUUUGGGUUUUCUCCCUGUCUCCCUCCUCCUCCUCAUCUCCUUUCUGUCAUCUGGACCCAUCAGAUGGGAUGUUGAGCUAAGAGCAGAGUUGCUGCCACACUCAGAAGUCUCCCCUCUUCCAUUAGGCUACCUAACAUGGAAGCCCCUCUGGUAAGCCUGGAUGAAGAGUUCGAAGAUCUGAGGCCGUGCUACAUUGAAGACAGGGAAGAGAAAUCUCAUUAUUUUUAUGGCUCCUCUCCUCGGCAUUUGGAAGACCCCUCCCUUUCUGAGCUCGAGAACUUCUCCUCUGAGAUCAUCAGCUUCAAGUCCAUGGAAGAUUUGGUCAAUGAAUUUGACGAGAAGCUCAAUGUCUGCUUUCGGAAUUACAAUGCCAAAACUGAAAACUUGGCCCCUGUGAAAAACCAGCUCCAGAUACAAGAAGAGGAGGAAAAUCUGCAGGAUGAGGAGGUUUGGGAUGCUCUUACAGACAAUUACAUCCCAUCCAUCACCGAAGACUGGAGGGAUCCUAACAUCGAGGUGCUAAACGGCAAUGUCUCCGACACAGAGAUCCACGAGAAGGAAGAGGAAGAGCUUAACGAGAAGAGUGAAAAUGACUCUGGUAUUAACGAGGAGCCUCUACUCACAGCAGAUCAGGUGAUUGAAGAAAUCGAGGAGAUGAUGGAGAAUUCACCAGACCCUGAAGAGGAAGAAGAUAUUUUGGAGGUGGACGAUGGUGGAGAAACCGGCAGCCAGGCUGAUUCUGUCCUUCUACAAGAGAUGCAGGCGCUGACACAGACCCUGAACAACAACUGGUCCUAUGAAGGCUUGAAGCACAUGUCCGUCUCAGAGCUUUCAGAGCUGCUGGAUCGCAUAGAAGUUGCUAUCCGGGACUACUCGGAAGAACUGGUGCAGCAGCUGGCUCGCCGGGAUGAGCUGGAGUUUGAGAAGGAGGUGAAGAACUCCUUCAUCACGGUGCUGAUUGAGGUCCAGAACAAGCAGAAAGAGCACAGAGAGGUGAUGAAGCGGAGGCGGAAAGAGAAAGGGCUGAGCCUACAGAGCAGCCGAAUAGAAAGGGCAACCCAGAUGCCUCUCAAGCGAUUCAGCAUGGAAGGCAUCUCAAACAUUCUGCAGACCAGUAUCCGGCAGACAUUUGGGAACUCGGCAAAUGAUAAACAGUAUUUGAACACCGUUAUUCCCUACGAGAAGAAAGCGUAUCCUCCUUCAGUUGAAGACUUACAAAUGCUCACAAACAUUCUUUUUGCAAUGAAGGAGGACAACGAAAAGGUCCCGACGUUGCUAACUGACUACAUUUUAAAAGUUCUCUGUCCUACCUAAGCGCCAUGCUCUGAGCAUUGUGAAGCCAACAGGAGACAAGGCCAGUGUGUCAUUCCACCACAGGGACUGCAUGAUGUAAUGUAAACUUUUGAAUUGUGUAUUUAAAGAUGUAUAGCAUUAACCUGGAUUAAACAGGAGCAAGAGUCUUUCCUUUGCUGUCAAUUUCUAGUCAUAGUAAACAUUUGAAUGCAUGAGUGAAGGCAAAGGCUGCUCAUUUCUCUCUCUCGAACCCCUCCAUCUCAGAGGAGGCCAAGCAUUCUCAUUCGCCCUGUAUCCCCAGCCCAUCUUCCCUCCCCAAGCAGCUAUGAGACUAAUUUGAAUACUGAAAUAAACUUUCAUUUAA